UUUGAUAUCUAUCUUUGAAGAGAGGAAGAAAUAGAAAAUAAUCAUGAAAUAUAUUUAAAUCUUACCCAGAUACACCAAAGAAAUCUAUCUCUGAUGCUGAUAAUAAAGAGACAUGCUGGGAAAUAUGGAGAUCUUUGCUGAAUUCCUCAACUUCAUACAUAAAGUCAGGAAAUAUUCAGAAAUAUCAUACACACAGAAAUUCAUAUGAGUGAUGCACCAAGAUUCAAAAUGCUUUUCUCCUUUCCUUCUCAGAUUGAUUUCCCUGGAUGGAAGAAAUGGAUAAUUGGAAUAAAACUAAAUGGACUCGAGUAACUGAAUUCAUUCUCAGGGGCAUCACAGAUCUUCCUGAACUACAGAUUCCCCUAUUUAUAGUGUUCCUCAUCAUCUACACAGUGACAGCUCUGGGUAAUCUGGGCCUGAUUAUCUUGACCAAAAUUGAUUCUCGUCUGAAAACUCCUAUGUACUUUUUCCUCAGGAAUCUGGCGUUUAUUGAUCUUGGGUACUCCACUGCUAUUGGACCAAAAAUGUUGGGUAAUUUUGUAAUGGAGAGAAAUACGAUCUCCUAUGCUGGAUGUGCAACACAGCUAGUUGUUUUUAUAACAUUCAUUAUAAGUGAACUUUUUAUGCUCUCUGUGAUGGCUUAUGACCGCUAUGUAGCCAUCUGUAACCCUCUGCUCUACAUGGUCAUCAUGUCAGACAGAUUGUGCUGUCUUUUGGUGGCCAUCCCAUACCUCUACAGUACCUCCCUAGCACUGGUGACCACAAUUAAGAUUUUUAAUUCAUCUUCUUGGAAAUCUAAUGUAAUUAGUCAUUUCUACUGUGAUAGUCUUCCCCUAUUAAGUAUUUUAUGGAAUGAUGCAAAGGAUGUAGAGUUAAUAAUUCUGAGUCUUUCUGCUGUUAAUUUAGUUUCUUCACUGGUAGUUGUUCUUCUUUCAUAUGCUCUCAUUCUUGUGGCCAUUCUCAGGAUGAACUCUGCUGAAGGCAGACGCAAAGCUUUCUCUACCUGUGGCUCCCAUCUCACAGUGGUGGUUGUAUUCUAUUCAACACUAACUUUUAUGUACUUGCAGCCCAAGUCUAGUCACUCCUUUGACACAGAUAAAAUGGCUUCUGUCUUUUAUACCCUGGUCAUUCCCAUGCUCAACCCUUUGAUCUAUAGCUUGAGAAAUAAGGAGGUGAAGGGGGCCUUGAAGAAAGUUCUAGAAAAUCGAUUCAAAUGUGUUCUUUAAUAUGCCAGUUAGAUUAAGAUCCUAUUUGGUUAAUAGAAGCAAACAUGUUUCCCUCUAUUUUGAUAUACCAAAUUUGGCCCAUGUUUCUUCUUUUCUAAAAGCAAAUCUUUUUCCCUAUUUUCUCCUUUUUCAGAAAUUUGCAUAUCUGUGACUAUGAUGUUAAAGCAUAGUCUCUCAAAAUUGAAGGGUACUAUUGAGAAUAUGAACA